AUGGAGGGCACUAAAAUCCUUGAAAACCUGUUUUACUCGAUUACUAUCGUUUCAACUUUCACCUGUGUGAUUAGAUCUGACUACAACUUUGCCUUCGGACUUCUCUGCUACUAUAUGAUCAAGACCAGCAAGGACCAAGUUAAGACAGCCAAGCCUUUACUGCUAAUAAACAUUGGCUUGAUCAUUUUCGACAUCAUUUGGUGCAUAACCAUGCACUCAGUGUGGGCCGGAAAGCCACUUCACCACGAGAAGACAUGGAAAGCAUUUGACAAUAUUAGAACCUUCACCAUGGUACUCUCAGUUCUCAAUAUAUUCAUCAGGGGCGCAGCUGUAUUUUUCUUGUUCAUGAUUGUCAGAGGAAGCAAAUGA